GUGACAAUCGCGAAUAGAGAACAAUCGUCAUUCUUUUGAAAUAAAUAUUAUUUACUUAUGGAGACCUCUCAGCAUCUUCUGACUGUCAUCAUCAGUUUCUUUGUGGUUUUUCCAUUGCAUCUGCACGCGAAGCAGGACGUUGUGUUCAGGUACGGUCUGCUGGAGACGAGGCCGACAGAUGGCGCUCAGGGCCGACGCUACUGUGUCACCUACUUCCCCAAAGUGCACAACCUCACCAUGGACAGCACCAACACGACGAGUCACCCGGUGUCGGACCUGACCGAGUGGGACGGCUGCGGCCCGCCGCCGGCGCCGGCGCCGGCCACUGCCGGCCGCUGGGUGUUCCUCAACCAGUCCAAGGCGGCCAACUGCUCCAUCGACCAGCGGGUGGCUAAUUUACUGACGCUGCAGGCAGCCGGCAUUGUGAUCCAGGUCAAUGAGUCGUACGACGACCUGGCCGCCAGCACCAACAGCUCGCCGAUGCCCGUCACCUUCAUCAGCUGGCGCCACGUGCCAGCGAUUGUGAACGCCUCUCCGCCGGUGGAGGCGAUCCAGUACGGGAUCCCCGAGGAGACCCUGUUCAACUACGGCCUCAUCAUCAUCUGGGUCAUCGCCAACACCACUAUCCUGCUCGGGGCCAUCUGGAGUGCCACUGUCAAAUACGAACUACACACUCAGGAGGAGCAGGCGCGCCGGGACGGCCCGGCCGGCGGCCGCUCGGCCUCAGUGACCACCACCCAGCCGGCGGCCGGCGAGCUCUCCUCCACACCUGUGACGGUCAUCUCGGCCGUGGCCGCCAUCGCGCUCAUCAUCACCUUCCUGCUGCUCUCCUACUUCUUCCCCAAGGUCAUGUAUUACGUGGUGUUGGUGUUGUUCUUCAUCGGCUCUGUGUCCGGAGUGUACACCUGCCUGAGCGCCGUCAACGCGCGCAUGCCCUGCAGCUGCGACCUCGGACUGGCUCCGGCGGUGACGACGCGCUGCUGCUCGUGCCGGGUGCGCGUCUCCCAGCUGCUCCUGUUCGCCGUAUCGCUGGCCGCCGGUAUCGUCUGGCUGGUGUUCCGUGAUAACGACGUCUGGGGCUGGGCGCUGCAGGACGUGCUUGGAGUGGCCUUCACGCUGUCGCUGAUCCGCUCCUGUCGGCUGCCCAACCUGCGCAUCAUGACUUUCUUCGCCGUCGGUCUCCUCAUCUACGACAUUUUCUUCGUGUUCAUCACACCGUUGUUCACAGCUAACGGCAAGAGCAUCAUGGUGGAGGUGGCCACCGGCGGCGGCGACUACAUCCUGCCCAUGGUGCUCAAAGUGCCGUACAUCGUACACUCGCAGUACCCCGAGUGCCAGUCGCCGCAGUCUUUCUCCCUGCUCGGGUACGGAGAUAUCAUCGUGCCGGGCUUCAUAGUGGCGUACUGUGCGUCCAUUGACAAGAUUCACGGUAUCGCCUAUCACGCCUACCUGGUCACGGCGGCCACAGGUUACGGCGUGGGUCUGAUAGUGACGUUUGUGGCGCUGUACGCCAUGGAGGCGGCCCAGCCGGCGCUGCUGUAUCUGGUGCCGCUCACCCUGCUACCUGUCGUGGUAGUGGCGCUCAUCCGACGGCAGCUCAAACUCCUCUGGCACGGAGCCAAACAGCCGUCCGGGGGUGAGCUGAUUCGGGAGCACGCCGACUACAACUCCGUCUCCCCUGUGGAGGAGUAGGGACGCCGCUCACUAGUCCACCGUCCGCCUGUUCAUCGGACCGCCGCUGCCGGCUGUAGGAGUUGUCCGGGAGCGCUGGCUGGCUGAAGAAGGUGCGUCCCAGGUCACUGGGAUGCAGCGGGUGCGGUCCGAGUGUGCGGGAGGCCGCGGUCCGGCGGCUCCGGCUCUGAAUACCGCAGCUCGGCCGUCCCGUGGGUGCCGGCGGGCCUGGCCAGGUCGACCGUCUCGGUAUUAAGGCAGUGUCGGAGAGCCGGCGCGGUGAGAGGCCGUCCGCUCCGUCCGCGCUGCGCCCCUCCCGUCCCCGAUGUGCGCCGGACGCCGUUUGACCGACCUACGGAAACGCCUGUUCAAAUGUUUACGGCCGCUACAAGCGCUGUGUCGGUCACACUCCAAAACGGACACCGCCCAAUGGCCACUCAUCGCCAAACAAUGUCAGACAGCUGCUGCGCUCUGAACCUUUUUUUAGAUAAUUUGUGCACCGUUAGCCUUUUUACCCACUUAUAUAUCAUAAUUUUGGCUGAUUUACGUAUGAAUUGCUAUUUAGAUACUUAAUUUUGUAUAUUUUUCUCCUAUUCAUGGUGAAGCAUUAUGAAAAGAUGGGACUUACUGAUGUAUUACAAGGAAUUUUGAUAAGUUUUGCCCGCGCACAUGCUUCAGAACGGGUUCAAAGGGCAAAUUAGAGGCAGUG